CACGACGAGUAUUAAACGGUGAAGCCUAAAUUUAGACGUUCUGAAUUUUCGGUAAAUAUAAACUUACUAACACGGUUUACUUUCGAGUAUAAACCGUAAGUUCGCCACACUAAACUCUUAAGCGAACUUGAAAAUCAUGCAUCGUUCGAUUCAGUUGGCGUAUCUCGCGCCAUCUGUUAGAACUGGAUGACACGAUGAUUUGUUGAGGUCCCAUUUCGGCUCUCUAAUCGAUUCGUCGGUUUCAUCGGCAGAGUCGAACAUGGUUCGAAGAUGGCGAUACGGGGGUAGGGUUGAGUGGACGCUUCGCGAGCAAGCUUCUUCCUCGUCGUGAUAGCUGAAAUCCCGAGCCAUUCCGUUUCUGAUGGUGGCGGGUUCUUGGCUUUUCACUAAUCGAGAGGGCGAUUCGCAGAGGGGGAAGGCUAAAAGCUACUAACACAGCUUACUAAUUCAGGCGAGAGAAAGAUUCGCGCUGUCGUUAGAUGCCGCGUAUUAUUAUCGGGAGAGAGACUGCCGGCCAUGAGGCCGGGGACGGCCGGAAAUCGUUCGUGUUCACGUUCACGUUCUCAGUUUCGUUCUCGCUCUCGUUCCCGUUCGCGUUCGCGUUCCCGAACGCAAUCUAGUCAGGAAAGAAACCGACUUUUCAAAGCGGAAAUAUUAUGACGCGGGCUGAGAUAAGGCGAGAUUAUACGAUCGACUACGAAACUCGUCUCGAAAGUGGAAGCGUAGAGACAUAGAACCGCGAUAAGCGAGCACAAAUCGUCCGACGAAUCUCCUCGCGCUGUAUUUCAUUCGCGCCGUCUCGGGACGCGUCUCGAAAUCGCGUUGCCGAAGAAGCGUUGCUGCGCGCAAACAGCAAACUCUGAGAUCGCGUUUCCACCGCAUCGAAAUUACCAAAGGGAAUGCCAUUGCCAAAGAGUCCAUGUUCGAGUAAGAGAAAUGCGUUCGUGCCGGAGGUUCUGUUCGACGAACGGAUAGCUUUAGGGAUUAAUAAUUGUAAGCGAGAGCGAGACAGCGAGCCCACAGAAUUUUGCGGCGAGACGACUUCGAAAUUGGCGAUCGAAGCGGCUUAUCGGGUCGCAUGAGCGAAGCGCCAUGCGACGGGCUUGUUCGAAUCGCUGCCGUGGCUGGUAACAUCGAUGCGCGCUGCUGGCCAGCGUCGACGUAUUCGAUCCAAUUGUCGCGCGCCGGGCGUUGGACGUUCCGCGAGAGACUGCGAAACAGUUGCGGAGGAAUACUACGGUGUGCACGCGAGUGGCUCGAUCCUCGGAAAUCGGGGUGGCGAGACGAAAGGUAGUCGUUAUAGGACGAACGAAGGGAGGAAACGAUGAUGGUCGACGGGACAGGAGCAAGGGGCCAGCGAAAGCGAGUCAGCAGCGGAGAAAGACGGGAAACCGGGGCGAGCGUUUGGUAGAACGGAAGGGGUGCACCAAGAGGAAACUCGCGCGGGGGCGGCGAGACGGACGCCGGCGAGAGGGGUGGCGAGAAGGGUAGUAGAAAAUCAGACCGAUAUCGACCGCGAAUUGCGCUUGCGUGGAAAAAGGCGCGCAAUCGCUGUCGAGGAAGCGACGUGCCGUCGCGAGGAAGAAGCUCUCGCAGUCGGUCGAUCGUCGCGGCGACGGGCGCCGAGCUCCGAGCGUCGAGAAACUUCGUUUCGUUGCGUUGCGUUCCGUUCAGUUUCAUUCCAUUAGGUUCCGUUUCGCUUCGAUCCGACGACAACCGAUUCCCUCGGGCGGCCGGGCGCCGGUCGGGCGGAUUAGCGAGCGAACACGCGCCGCCGCCACCACCACCACCCUCGAAUCCGCGAUCGUUUCUUCGACGAGGACAGCCGCGAGGCAGCCGACCUUGGGCAAGAUACGUCGCGUUCUAACCUACCGAGAGACGCGUUCGUGGCCGACGCCGACGCCGAUACUCGACUUCCGGUACCAUCCAUCUUCCCUUUCCCGGUGAUUCGAACGCGUGCACGAACCGUCCGGGAAUCGAAGCGCCAUGUUCAAAGGGGAGAUUAAAUGGUUUUCGGUAGACGUGCGUCGACAUCGUUGCCGUGAAGGCGCGGAAUAGAAGGCGCCGCUCUCAAAGUCUGUCAAUGUCGGAAGGAGCAACAAAACGAUUGUUCUCGGCACCUUUCGCACCCUCCCCGCCGCCACGUUGCCGAUCGAACCGAGGCCACGCGACCGCCAGAAGCUCGAGCCGUGUCGCAGCGAUUUUCCUGGUAUCUCGACGAAAAGAAAACGCGACGUUGAAUCCGAGAUAAAUCUGCACGGUACGGUAAAUAAAAAAAAAUCGAUAUCGUAGAGCCGUGGGUUCCGUCGGCGUCGAAUCGAGGACGAUAGACGAGCCCGCGUUACAGUCGAUGAAAGAGAGGAAAAGAGAGAGAGAGAGAGAGACGGAGGCGGCUUUUCUGUUGAAAAGAUAAGGGUCCGAUAAGCAACCGUGGUCGAGUUACGAGCGCGGCUGUACGCGCUUUUGCCGACGACCGGCUCUCCUGUCGGUCGCCUGUGGGUUUCCGUCGGUCGAUGCGCGUCGUGUGAAACAUUCCCAUGGAUUUCCCGGGAAUAAUGGCCGGACGGUAGACGCGAAUGGCGAUCGUCGAUAUGCAAGAGGACGUUUCGAGCCGAGCGAUCGGGCCUGAACCGGCGCAGGAGGAGGUUCAAUUGACGGAAUUGUUGCCAGUGAAACAGUCGCGGAUCAGGCAGAACGGGAUCUUCGCGAGGCCCGCGAGCGCCGGUGCCGGAGGAGGCGGAGCUGGCGGCGAUGGCGGCGGAGGCGGCGGAGGCGGCGGCUGCGACGCUGACGCGAAAACGAGCGGGGACGUUCACUCGAACGGGGCCGCGGACGCGACCACGGACGCACUGAAAGUGCUUCGGAGCUUUAACGAUAACGAGCAACAGUUUCACUUGCGCAACUUCUCGCCCUACGAGAGGAUAGAUCGUCGACGAAAGCGGGAGAACGGGAAGAGGUCCGGGCGGGUGGGAAAGUCGGCUAACGAUGGGAAAGGGAAAGGCGCGGGUGUCGCGGUUCGGAAAAGGCAGAAGGACGUCGCGAGGAAGGGCGACUCGGUGGUGCUCGCGAAUUCGUCUAGGAAGGGAACGGUCGAGGGUUUCGAGGGUGGCGAGGAGUCCGAUGGGAACGGAGAGGAGUCGUCGUCGCAGAGACGGCGACCGGUGGAAAGAAACGACGAGAGGAACGACAAGGCGUUCGUGUUUUCGGUGUACGGGCAAGAGGAGGACGCGUAUCCGGUGUUCGACGAGAGCAAGGAUUUCGGCGACGAGAUCUACGCGUUCCGUCGGGACCCGUUGGAUUUGAACGUGGCGCUCGAUCCGAUGCGCGACAAGGCUGCGAACCGUAUCUACGGGGACGAUUACUCGUCGGGCACCGACGGCGCGCUGUUCGAUCGCGGCUUCGAUCCGGACGGGAAAAGCUCCGGUUUCAACAUCGAGGCCAUCAUAGCGGCGAAUUACUUCCUCGAGAGCGAAAAUAACAACGUGCUGCGCUCGAACUCGGACAAGGUAGAGGACAUCUGCGAGGGCUCGUUGAUGCUGGCCGACAAGAUCAGCAUCGCGGGAUCCUCGACCAGCAAGAACGAAUACGACGACGAGGACGACGAUAACGACGUCGUGGAUCGAGACGUCGCGGGCGACAAAGUCGCGAGUAAAUCGACGACGAACGACGCGGGUAACGAGAAGAGAAGAGGAACCGGCGGCGAUACCGGAAACGAGGAAAAGAAAUACUGCUGCGUGGUGUGCGAGGCGCGGUUCAAAGGCAGCGGGGGUCUGCGCAACCACUACAAGAUAGUGCACGGCGCGGGGCCGGUCUUCAAAUGCGACGAGUGCGGCAAAGAGUUCCCGUUGAAGGAGAGAUUGAAGCUCCACGUGAGGACGCACACGGGGUUCAAGCCGUACAAAUGCUCGGAGUGCGACAAGACCUUCGCGAGGGGCGGUCAGUUGGUGCAACAUCGGCGCACCCACAGCCAGGUAAAGCCGUACCGUUGCGGCCUCUGCUCCGGCACGUUCACCUGUGCCGCGAAUCUGUCGCUGCACGUGAAACGGCACAACGGCCAGAAGGAUCACAAGUGCGACAUCUGCGGCAGAGCGUUCGUGCGGCGGGACGCGCUCAAGAAACACCUGGAAUGCCUGCACAGGGACGUGAAGUCGUUCCUCUGCGUGAUCUGCAACAAAACGUUCAAGGGUCAUCUGCCCCAGCACAUGCGGACGCACGCGCGCGACCGGCCCCACGGAUGCGCCACAUGCGGCCAGAGGUUCGCGCAAAAGUCUCAGCUGACCGUGCACCAGCGGACGCACUCGGGCCAGAGGCCGUUCAGGUGUUUGGUCUGCUGGCAGGCGUUCGCGCACUCGACGGCCCUCAAGCUGCACACCAGAAGGCACACCGGCGAGAGACCGUUCAAGUGCGCCGAAUGCAACGCCGGCUUCACCCAGCUGCCCCACUGGAAAAAGCACAUGAAGUGCAUCCACGGGCGCACCGAGCCGUACGCUUGCAAACGGUGCAAGAGCUUCUUCAGGAUCAAGAACGAUCUCGAGUGCCACGAGAAAACCUGCCAUCCCGAGCCGGUCCCGAGCAGCCCGGCCGCCGCCAAUUCGGCCAGCGCGAACGCGUUCUUUAACGAGAUCGUCGAGAAACCUCCGCUGCCGCCGCCGACGACGCCUGUGACGCCUUCCAGGUACAGGACGAUGUCCGUCGAGAGGAUGAGACUGCUGUUGGCCGUUCUUCUCAAGAGGAUCAGCAAGCAGGAGAGGCUGGACGAGCUCGGAUUCGGCAAACGGCUGAUCGACGAGGUGCUCCGGGACUCUUUGCUGUCCGCCGGCAAGAAUCCGGUCAGCCGCGACGGGCUCACCGAACUCGAGGCUCUCACGACGAACCUGGAAAUAUUCCUAAAAUGGACGGUGCCCAAAGAACAUUGGGAGAACUUCUGCAAGUUGAACAAGUCUCCCGAAGACAUUUUAGAAACGCUUACCGCCACCUAAACGAGAAUCGGUUCGGCGGCAAUCGUCGCCGAGCCGGACUGACCACACAAUUUCCAUUCGUUUCGUUUCGGUUGCCAUUUCUUCUUCUUCCUCUUCUUCUUCUUCGGACAUGUCCCGAACUCGAGGCUGUAAAUUCGUUUUACGUUAACCUUGCCGCAUGCUAGUCCAAAGUGCAAACGCGAAUAAUGUAUCUCCUUCGGUUCGGUGCUUGAGGAUCUUUUCCACCCGAUCGAAUCGACGUUUCGUUAGCGACGCUCGGUGACGCGAUCACGUUUAUUUCCUUCACAGUGCCAUGCGCAAUUGUAUCGCCGAUUCCAUGUUAGCAGAUCGCACGGUCGGCGCGUCGCUCGCCCGGAGAAUUCGGAAGUCAAGAGAGCGGGCUGUAUUUGCGUUGUAUAGCUGCGUUCUUUUCGAACAGGCACGGAGAACUGUCGGAAAUUUCUUGCCAUAUUUGUUAACAAUAUUAUGUAUGUAGAAUGCAUGGCGAGUGUGCACGCACUUACGAUGCCCUCGGAGGCAUCGCUCUAAUUGCACGUUUCAACGUACGUUCACUUAGGUUCACGAGCUAUCAUCCUUCAUCAAAAUCAAAGAGGCUACGCGCGAUCCUACAUACUAUAUGACAAUUCGUCUGUCGCGAUAUAUACGUAUACACAUCCGCAAACGCAAACGAACAUAUACAUUAUAGAUAUAUAGAUAUAUAGAUAUUCUUUCGGCGCAGAACGUCGUCGUCCUAUAUUUGUAUUCGCAGAUACGCGCGUGUACGCGCGCGUACCGGUAAGUUUGAGCGCGUAUCAAAAGAUUGUACGCGUAUCAUUAUUGCCGAUAUAAGUCCGUCGGUUUCUUUGGCGCAACGCGAUACGGUCGUGGACAAUUCUCGGUUUCGAAGUUUCGAUGACAGCGUUGCGAAAUCCUCGUGUAGGAAACGCGGGCCAAGAAGAGGCGAAAGAAUGGUGCGGCGCACCGUCACCCCGGUCAUGGAGACUUCGAUGCCGAAGGGUCUUAACCUCCUGUAAUUGAUAUCGUUGCUCGUUAUCGAACGCUGCUAUAACGCGUUCACACUUAUCGUUCGAACUGCUUGCCACGCGUUGCUCGAAAGAAGCCCGACGACGUCGUUUAGAUAGCGGUGUAAGUAAAUGUGAGCAGACAAUAAUGAAGAGGGUUACAAGAUUGAUAUAUAUUAGUCAUUGAAAAGAAGAUAUAUAUAUAUUAUAUAUAUACAUAUAUAUAUAUUGUACAUACAUACAUAUAUAUAUAUAUAUAUAUAUAUAUGCUUAUACACAUAUAAAUAUACGUUACAAGAUAACCAUGCGAUGCGUUUGUUUCAGAAUGGAUAAAAGAAACGACCAGUAUGCGUCGAUGCGUUUUCUAUUGUAUUGGUAUUGUAACACGCGAAUAUUUUUGAUUCGUCGAUCGUGUUUUAAUACCGUAGAGAAUUGGACGAGGUGCUAUUCUAUGAUGAAAGCGGACGUUCCGUCCAAAUAUCAUCGAGCGAACAACACCUUCGACAGAAAAGCACUUGAUAAGUUGAAUACGAUUCGCCAGCAUCCAAAAAAAGUAUGCAUUUCUGUUGGCGAUCAAACGAAUUCGACAGAAACUUCCAACGAUCGGAACACUGUCGUGGAAGAUGGACGGACGACCGUUGCCGCGAACGACAGUGCGGAACACUGAAAUUUAUUCGAAAGAUCGAAAUCUACUUUUCCGUUUGUCGUAGAAAUGCAAAUAGGGGUCACGAGACUUUGAAUAUAGAAUAAAAAUCGAGGUCAAAGGGGAACCGUGCAUUUGGUCGCAUUCAAAAGAGGAAGGAGACGGUAAGAAGGAAAUAGUGUGAGUGAGAAUAAGUGGGGGAGGGAAGGGGGGAGGCAAGAGAGAGGCUAAAACGACGGAACUGAAAGCACAGAUUUCGAUGUUUCGACGGCAAGGUCUCGUUCUGGUGUUAUCUUUAAGUUACGGUGCCAAAGAGAAAAAAAAGAAACGUUGUUGAUCAACAAAAAGUUGUCAAUGACGCGUGCGCGAAGAAGCGCGUUUUGUUGUCAUUUACCGUUGCUCGCGUAGGAAUUGCGAACAACCGUUGUGCAUUUUUCCUCCUAUAUUUUCGUUAAACGCAUUAUCUGAAAGAUUCAAAGUUCUAUUUAUUGUUUUCCAUUAGUGCCAUAAAUAUUACUGUCCUGCGUUGUACUGCUCAGUGUGUACGCUACGCGGUAGUACUUCUUGUACGAUAGAACGGUGAUUCGAAUAAAAAUGUUUUUUCUUUAUA